AUGGCCUCGGUCCUGCGGCGCCCGAAAGCGCGCCCUCGCCCUCGCCUUCGCACCUGCCGAUGGAUGCGGGUGCGGUGUGCAGAGGGCAACGUGGUCGUGCGGAUGGGCGGCUUGUCAGAGGUGCCCAGGGAGGGAGGAGAGAUGAAACGCAGAGCCAGCACGUCGUUCCACAGCCACUUUGGCCGCUUUUCUUUGUCAGGCUCCAGAAAUUGGGUGCCGAAAGGCGUUGCGAAGCCCUGGUCCCAUGCACGGCGCGUGCUGGAGAAGCAGGGUUUGGUCCUGCUGCGAGGGCUUCUGCCCAAAGAUGCUGUGGCUUGCGCGCGGACAAGGCUUUUGACUGAGUUGAAGCAGCUCAAAGCGGUCGGAGCUGGUGCAGAGCUGUCCCCAGAAUGCGCAGAGGGCGAGGUGCCCAUGCCUUCGCUCCUUCGUCGCUUGGAUCUUCAGGCUCUUCCGGAGGUCCAAGCAGUCUUGGAGCACGCGGCGCUUUUUGAUGCAACCGCGCGCGGCUCGAAUUGCCUGUGA